GUCCACUCGCAUGGAACUUAAACACAGAGGCGUUAUCAGAAAUAGCCGGAGAUUCCGUUGAUUUCUCCUACUCCAGCAAUCCCACGAAUUCAUCUUCAUCCCACUAAUCGAAAGAGAUCGACGAAGGUUUCACGGUCUGAGUUGUUAUAUCCAGAUAUGCUUGCCGCCGAUGAUAAUGCCGUUAAGCUUGAUGAGAAGAUGAGGAGAUUGAAAAAGAUGGAGGAAGCUGCUGCGCCGAGAUGCAAGCGAAAGUCGCAAAAGAAAUGGGAGCUAUUGAAGGUUUGUGGCUCUUUCGUUUAUUUGCUUCUGUGGGAUGGAAACGGUUAUCAUGAUGGUGUUGAAUUCUUGACUCUUCACUUUGUUUCAGGUCGGACCCUCUUGAUCUUCUCCAUCAACCUUCAGGCAACUAAUUGCAGAAACUUGGGCAUAGUCUCUGUCUUUUUGCUCGCUCUUGGUGAUUUCAACUUAUCACACAAAGGUUAGGAUUUAAUAAAGGUUCAUACUUCAA